CCCCAGAACCAAUGAGACCGGUCCCCGGUGGGGGAACAGGGUUUCCCGGAGUCAGCACUGACCCAUUCCCGGGAGAGAGAGGGUUUCCCGGAGUCAGCACUGACCCAUUCCCGGGAGAGAGAGGGUUUCCCGGAGUCAGCUCUGACCCAUUCCCGGGAGAGAGAGGGUUUCCCGGAGUCAGCUCCCGGACACUCGGUAAAGCAGAGCCGCUGCACAGACUCGCCGCUUCUUGCCAGAUGGCAACCGUGUACCGUCGGAAAGGAAGCGCCCCGCUGCUGACUCUGGAGUCUCACUAUAUCCCGGGAUAUGCUGGUUAUUGUCCUCAGUAUAAAUACAAUAUUGGACAACGCUACAGCAAGUUGACCUCUAAACUGCUCUCAGAUCCUACAAUAGCACAUUCUCGACAAUUACUUCUUCAACCAAAUCAGGAUCAAGAAACUAUCAAUGACGUGAGUGCUGAACAACAUCAAAGUCUACUUCAGAGUCGCAAGGUGAUCAGGAAAGGCGAGAAACCAACUGACUUAAUGGUUUCUGGAUACACUGGCUUUAUUCCCAGAAAGAAAAGCUAUUUUUCAAAAACUUACAGAGAAACCUGUGCUGAUGCUGUUGCAGAUUUUGAGAGAGAACAGCUUAGGAUUGCUGCGAAAAAACAGGAGAUGGAAUUAAUAAAUGCAUUACAGACUGGGAGAACUAGAGCACAGACAGAGCAAGAGAAAAAACUUUUAACAGUCAAUUACAGGACCCCUCUUAAAGCAAUUACGAACAAUCCCAUUCCUUGGAAAUUCGAUAAUUCUUACAAAGCACUGACCUCUCCAUACUUCAUGCAAAAUAAAGACCCAAAUAAACAUUUUAUUUCAGGGUACACAGGGUAUGUACCUCGAGCUCAAUUUCUGCUUGGAUCCAGCUAUCCUACACUGACUAAUUGUGCGUUGAUUGAAUUUGAUCAAAUGCUUAAUAAGACAAAAUCUGCAUCAAUUCCAACUGAGAACUCAGUGAAAGAGAAUGAAACUUUACCCAGGAUUAGUCACAUUUAUCCUUCAGAAAUAGGCAUGUUGCCUCAAUAUACAGGCCAUAUACCAGGAUACAAAUACCAGUUUGGCCACACUUUUGGACAUCUUACUCAGAAUGCAUUAGGAAUGAGCACCAUCCAGAAACAAGUCUUGGAUUGAAAAUCUAAUGGAGCAGAUUAAUAUCGUACUGAUGAUCAAUAUUGUUUAAAACAUAAUCAAUAUUUAGAGAACAUUUAACUUGUACUAAAAGACUGCUAUAAUUUCUUGCAAGGAUGAUAGUGAUCCACUGUAAUUUUAAAGUGAUUUAAAGCACUUACAAGAUUCAAAAGGAUUCUUAAGAAAACAGUCCUUCCACUCUGGACAUGACUUAAUGCGGAUAAUUUUGGCACUUUAAUCACAUUGUGAAUUGCUAAAGCGUAUUGAUUGUUCAGUGUCUUAUGCAUAAAGAAAUAAAGUCUACUUGAAGGUAUUUUGGACAGUUUUCUCUACAAUUUGGGCUAAGAGCAACCUGAACAUUCCCAGGAUUACAUUUAGAUAAGAUCUACAACAUAGAAACAGGCCAUUUAGGCUCUGAGUUCCAUUAACGUGUUUACACUCCACUUGA